AUCUGUCGGAGGCUGCUGCUUCUCAGUCGGACAAAGGGCUAUUUUUAUCGCUCUCCCACCGAUGCAGGCGGAGCCACACACCCAUCUGGGCAGCUCCCUGCCGCCCCCCAGCAGAGAUGUACCCUACAGCCCCAUGUCCGGGCAGGGCAGACGCACGGUGGAAGCCGCAAGUGGAGAGCAGAAAGCCGCGGCAGUCGCGCCGUCGCACUCGCUACAGAGGCAAGAACGUCGCCUUGAUGGCAUCGGGCAAGUAAAGUCUCCGGCUGGCAGCCCUGAGUGCCACAUACAGGAAUGAAACCAUGUCCGACCUUCAGAAACCUCUGCAAACUCUUCUCCCUCGUUUUCUCCACGUUGACGCUGCUCUAUUUCAUUUACAUUGUGGUUUUGGUGAAGAUCAUUUUGCACGGCGAUACUUUCACUCCCCCUCUUAUCAAAUCCACCAAAUCCGUGGAGGUGGUAUGCGCGGGAAACGUGGCCAAAGACACCAUAGUCCGGCUGCGGAACAGCAGGACGUGCCUCGUCGCCGCCUAUUUAGAUCUCCGGGAGGGCAGCGCGGUCCGUAUUGUCGGAAUCACGCACCGAUACAAACAGGAGACAUUAUUCUGCCAUUUUUGUUUCCCCGACACCAACGACACCGUCGUGGCUGAAUUUCAGAUCCACGCGGAUCACUUUGAGUUCCCGUAUGGGACGACGGACGUUGUGUGCAAUCUGAAGGGGAGCAGAGUGCCGCAGUACGUGUCCAUCGGCGCGGGCAAUGCGGUUCCUACCGUCCUGAAAGUACAAAAUACCCAGCAGGAGAAGCUGAAGUUCGAAUACGACUUUCUCCUGUGCAUUUCAGCUUUAUUCGGGUCGUACAGCAACGUCCUACAGUUCAUCCAGUCCAUGGAAUUGCACCAAAUGCUCGGGGCCCAGAAAGUGAUCCUGUACCACACGGACUCCAGCCCGAUCAUGAAGAAAGUCCUGUCCUACUACACCAAAAAGAAGUUCUUAGAGGUGAUAUCGUGGCCCAUCACCUCGUUUUUAAAUGUUUCUACUGGGUGGCAUUACCCCGAGCACCCCGGGGAACUCCAUUACUACGGGCAGACAGCGGCACUGAACGAUUGCAUCUAUCGGCACAUGUACAGGAGUAAGUAUAUCCUUCUCAACGACAUCGAUGAGCUUAUCGUGCCCGCCCUGCACAACGACUGGCCCGAAAUGAUCAAUUAUUUGCACCGUUCCAACGUAACGGCUGACGUCUUCUUGUUUGAAAACCACGUCUUCCCCACCACUUUGCAAGACAAAAGCAAUCCCCUGACUCCGGAGGAAUGGAGCUCCGUACCGGGGUUAAACAUCGUCCAUCACGUCUUCCGGGAACCCAAUCAGCCGAAUGAGAUUAACCCGACGAAGAUGAUUGUGAAUCCGAGAAGUGUCGUCACCACGUCGGUCCACGUGGCGUUGGAAUUUACCGGCGAUCAGUACCAAGUGCCUGCCGACGUUGCCAGGCUUUGCCAUUACCGAGAACCAAAGCAAAAAGAACUAACCAAAGAGUUCCUCAUAGAAGAUACGAUACUUGCUAAAUAUGAAAGCGCCUUAGUCUUAAGGGUGAACGGCGUAUUGAAUGAAAUGGGGCUUCUCAACUCAGGACGCAAAAAACGAAGGAAACUUAAGUGAAAGCCUUAAGGGCAAAGACACACGGAGCUACUCAAGGUGGCCAUACACGUAAAGAUCUGUUUGCCUGGCGAGGUUGCCAA